UGUUGUUGACGUGUUGGUCAAUCAACAUUUCGACAAUAUAAAAAAAAAAUGUUACCUCAACAAAAAUGUUGAUGACUAUAGUGUAAACGCACCUUAAAGAUACACACACGAUAUUUACCGUAAUUACGUAAUUAAAAUUUUCCAAGUUUAAGAUUAAAGUCCAAUCAAACGAAUAAAUUGGCCAAAUGAGAUUAGUGAUUUGUCUGACAAAAAUUGAAUUUUCCACUUUCAACCGCUACUAAUAUUGUGUAUUUUUGUUCAAAAAUUAUUCGAAAAAGUUUCCAUAUUUAGUUUUAUUCAAAUUUUUUUUUUAUUAAAACACCUUGAACUCUGUGGUUGUGAUCAUCAUCAUCAUCAUCAUCAUCAUUAAUAAUAAUGGAAUAUUUAAAAAGUGGAUGGAAAACCGUGGUCGGUGCUCCAUCUGAUUCGGUUCUUGAUGAUCAACCAAAUGUUGCCGAAACGGUGGAACGAUUGGUUGAACGUGUGGAAACUUCAACAUUGCUUGAAGAUCGUCGUGAUGCAUGUCGUGCAUUGAAAUCAUUGUCGAAAACUUAUCGUUUAGAAGUAGGAGCCAAAGCAAUGGAUGCUCUAUUGUUUGUUCUACAGAAUGAUUCGAAUGAUAUUGAUAUUGUUGCAUUUGCGUUAGAAACACUGAUCAAUGUAAUUGGUAAUGAAGAAGAUAAUGUCCAUUUAUCUGAUUCUCCAACUAAUAGUCAAGAUUUAAGUACUCAAUUUACUGAAAUAUUCAUCAAACGAAAAGAAAACGUUCAAUUAGUAUUGGAUUUAUUGGGUGAAUUUGAUUUUAAAAUUCGUUGGCCAACAAUUAAAUUAUUAUAUAGUUUACUAAGGAAUAAACUUCGUGAAUGUCAAGAUUGUAUACUUACACAUCCAAUGGGUAUAUCACGUAUGAUGGAUCUUUUGUCCGAUCCACGUGAAGUUAUACGUAAUGAUGCAUUAUUAUUAUUGGUUGAUUUAACAAAAAAUAAUACAAAUAUACAGAAAAUUGUUGCAUUCGAAAAUGCAUUCGAUCGAAUAUUGGAUAUAAUUACAUCUGAAGGUUAUAGUGAUGGUGGUAUCAUUGUCGAAGAUUGUCUUUCUAUCUUAUUGAAUCUAUUGAAAACGAACACAUCGAAUCAGAAUUUUUUUAAAGAAGGAAGCUACAUUAAUCGAUUGUUACCAUUUUUUGAUUUUUCAUUCGACACUAAUUGGAAUACACAAAAAAUCAAUAAUCUAUUGCUCAUGUUUAAAGUGAUUCGUUCGUUGGUAUCGCCAAAAAAUCCACAACAAGUUACUAGUUCCUGUCAAAAAGUAAUGAAUCAAAAUGAAGUAUUGCAGAAAUUAUGCGCCAUACUCAUGUCGAAUGGCAUUCCAGCAGAAAUUCUAACUGAGACAAUCAAUUGUGUUGCCGAAGUAAUACGUGGUAAUCAACAGAAUCAGGAUUAUUUUAGCCGUGUAAAUGCACCGAUUGAACCGCCUAAACCAGUGAUUGUUAUUUUAUUGAUGUCUAUGAUCAAUGAGAAACAACCAUUCGAAUUACGAUGUGCCGUUCUUUAUUGUUUUCAAUGUUUCCUAUAUAAAAAUGAUCUUGGCCAAGCACAGAUUGUCGAAACAUUAUUACCCACCACAUCUGAAGUAACGAAUUUCGAUGUUUCUGCUGGCCAACUGUUAUGCAGUGGAUUUUUUAGCUAUGAUUAUCUUUCCAAUUGGUUUGUUUCCAUUUCUUUAUCGUAUGCCUUAUUGGAUAAUAUAACACAGAAAGAACAGUUGCUUCGUGUUCAAUUGGCUACCGAUCCGAAUAGUUCACCAACUUCAUUAUUAGCAUAUUGUUCAAGCUUAUUACAACAAGGUGGUCAUUAUCAACGACGUGUUAGCCUUUUAAUGUUAUUAUCCACUUGGCUUGCCAAUUCAUCUGUUGUUGUAGCGAAUUUUGUCUCAAUAUCGACCAAUGUGCCAUAUCUAACCUCACAAGUUGGCCUAAUUGAAUCCGAUGAUGUUGAACUUAUUGUUCAAGGUUUAUGUGCCUUCUUAUUGGGUAUCUGUAUAUGCUAUAAUGAUAAUUCGGUUCCCAGUUUUACCAAGGACAAUCUGUGUCAAUUAAUCAAUAAUCGAAUUGGACGAGAAAUAUUUAUUGAUAAAUUAUCAUUAAUAUCAAAAAAUGAAAAAUUCAGUCAAGCGAUACAGAAACCACAGCUUGCCUAUCAUAAAGCAUCCGAUGUAUUGUUUGAUUAUGAAUUUUGUAAUCUAUUCCGAAAACAAGAACCGGUUAUAUUGAAAAUAAUACAACCAGCCACGAAUGAUUCGAAUCAAAAUCUGGAAUCCACAUUAUCGAAUGAAGAUCAUAAAUUAUUGAUUAAAUAUAAAGAAUUAAUUCGACAACAAGAUGAGCAAUUAACAUUGUUGAAGAAACAAUCGUUGGAAUUAAAAGCUGAAAAUGAAUUCUUUCAACGACAAUUGAAUGAACAACAUUCCAUUAUACAACAAUUACGUGAUCAAUUAGCAUUGCUUAAAGCACAAAAAUCAAUGUAUGAUCCAUUAACUUCAGAAGUAUCAUCAUCAACAUUGUUACAAACUCCUAGUCCAAUUGUUAGUAGUGCUGAAAUGUCAACAUCCUUCGUAUCGAAUGCUGCUGUUAGUAGUGGUGCAACAAAUAGUAGUAAUCAGGCAUUUAGUAAUCAACAACCGAAUGAUAUCCAUAGUAAUCAGGCUACGAUUGCCAUUACUGAAUCGGGUUAUGUUUCCGGUCAAACAAAUUAUUCUCAAUUCAAUAAUGAUAAUGGUAAUUAUCAAUCUAAUAAUAAUAAUGUCCAUGAUCAAAUGGCUAAUCAGAUGGCAAAUUUGCAUAUUUCACCAGACUCGAAUAACAGUGUAGAUGCAAUUAAUCCUGUCGACAAUCAACAAAUUAAUUAUCUAAUGAAUGAAAAUCGACGAUUAUUAUCAAUAAUUGAUCAAUAUAAGUGCUGGGAACAAAAUUAUUAUGCAUAUUACAAUCAACAACAACAACAGCCAUCACAAUCACAUCAUCAGCAGCAGGCAUUUGCAUCCGAAUCACAAUCAUUAUCAUUAUCCACACAAGUGAAUGUAUCGGAUAGUGAUAUAUCACGACAUGUGUCUGAACCGGAUCGUCCACCAACAACCACUAACGAAUUGGCCGAUAAUAAUGUACAGAUAGUUGAAAUGGAAAAAUUGCGUGAAGAAUUAGAAUCAAUCCGAAAAGAACAAGAUGCCCUUAUAUCGUUGCUUGGUGAUCAGAAUUUGAAAUUGCAAUAUUAUGAAAAAGAAUUUAAAAACAGAGGUUUAGAAUCAGUUGUAGAUGAAACAGCUGGUGAUAAUGAACCAUUGGAAACGAACAAAAUUUCAAAUGAACCAUCUUCGACAUUGACAACAACAAAUAUAAAUUAUCAACAAACUAUGCCACCACCAUUAUAUGAAAAUACUAAUCACAUAGGUAUGAUAAAUAAUUUGGAAUCACCACCAUCAUCAGCAUCCGCAACAACAACAACAACAACUAAUACAUCAAAAAUAAUUGAUGAAUCUGCACCAAUAUCAACAUCAACUACGGUUGUGGCCACUAUAUCAUCAUCAAUGGUUAUGGCGAUGAAUGGUAAUCCAAUUCAAUCACAAUUGCCAACAUCAACAUCCAAUGCUCCAACUAUAAGUCUGUUACCGAUGCAUGAAAAUCAUUAUUCCUUGUAUAGCCAUCCACCACAAUAUCAAUAUGUCCAACAUCAUCAUCAACAAUUACAACAACAUCAACAGCAGACUAGUCAAUAUCCACUAAUAAAUUCGACACCGGCUACAGUAACAGUCUCGACAACAGCCACUCAUCAGCAGCAACCACAACAACAGCCGUUACAUUUACAUCAACAUUCGAAUCCGGAAAUGCAUUCGUAAUAGUUUUAUUAUUAUGUUUCAUCCGAUUUUAUUUUUUUCCCAUUUCUCUCAAUUAUUAACAAUUGAAAAUUGAAUUUUUUUUUUAUUCAAAUUCGUGUGUAUUCGCAAUCGUCAAAAAGUUUUGUAGCGGUUGUCUUUCUGAUUUUUUUUCUAUUCAUUUAAAUUAUUUGAAAUUUA